AUGAUGACGUGCGACACGGAGACCAACAGAUGUGGAGUUGGGCCCUGGGAGAUGCCGAGGCUCUUUCCACCCCUGUCGGUCGUCUGGAGCCCUCGUCCCAAUGUCAGGAGGGGGCCGGUGACACAGCACUUCCGGGAUCUGGUGAGCCCAGCCUGUGUGUGGUCAAGCAUGCCCUGUCCAAGCCCUGUCCCCGGAAGGACCCUCCCCCGGCAGCGGCUGGGCCCUCCUGCUUGGGGCUGCUCGGUGGGUUCCAGGGUUUACUGUGCGCUAAGCCCGCCCAGAGUGCUUGCAGAAGCCCCAUGCCCACGGCCACCCCCACGGAGGCUGAAGCCGGGCCUGGAUGGCAGGACGCUGGUGCGGGUCUCCAGGAGCCUCUCCAGGACCCUGUGUGCGGCCCCGCUCGCCCUCCUCUCACCAGGCCUCAGCGGGCAGUUCUGCCCGGGUUGGGGCUGCUUUUUACAAAAUGCUCUCAUCUGGAAGCCUGAGAAGAGCUGUGCCUCUUCUGGGCCUGCAGACAAAGAGGUGGAUGCUAGCGGAGACCACAGUGGACAGGAAGACCCCUCCCACUCGGGGAACCUCCAGGAAGGCCCUGGAGUUCAGAUGUUUAUGGGGAGGGCCCCCGACCACCGUCCGUAUGCCCUGCGUGCUCAAGGCAGAGACCUGGACUCGUCCUGGAUGCCUCCCGUCCCCCGUGGAAUCACUCUCCAGGCCCCACUGACCCGCCCUGAGCCCAGAGCGUCCUCCUUACUCGACCUUGACUGCCUCACCCGAUGGCAUCCUGGGCGGCCAGCUGUUGGCUCUCAAACCCCCGCAGGAGGAGCCGAGGACGGGACCACGUCUGCGUUCCCUCUGGGCUUCCAGAACAUGCCCCAGGCUCCCCUGCGGGCCCACUGA